GAACGUCUGAAAGAGAGAGAGAGAGAGAGAGAGAGAGAGAGAGAGAGAGUUUGAAAAAUUCUCUGUUUGUAAGCAAAAAAUGGUUUGGGAGAAAGAGAAGAUCGUCGGAAGUUGUAUAGUCGGAGGAGCUGCGUUCGCCGUCGGAGCUUCUUUCCUCCAUCUUUUCCUUAAAGGCGAGCUUCCGUUAGGAUUAGGUUUAGGUUUGUCUUCUCCAUGGCGCAUUUUGAGAAAACGAAAGCCUGUUCGCGUCUACAUGGACGGUUGCUUCGACAUGAUGCACUACGGCCACUGCAACGCGCUUCGACAAGCUCGUGCUCUCGGUGACCAAUUGGUCGUCGGAGUUGUUUCCGACGAAGAAAUCAUUGCUAACAAGGGACCUCCUGUCACGCCUCUUCACGAGAGAAUGACGAUGGUGAAGGCUGUGAAGUGGGUGGAUGAAGUCAUAUCUGAUGCUCCUUACGCUAUUACGGAAGAAUUUAUGAAGAAAUUGUUCGAUGAGUAUCAGAUCGAUUACAUCAUCCAUGGUGAUGAUCCUUGUGUUCUUCCUGAUGGAUCUGAUGCUUAUGCACUUGCUAAGAAGGCUGGUCGUUACAAGCAGAUUAAGCGUACUGAAGGAGUCUCUAGCACUGAUAUCGUUGGUCGUAUGCUUCUCUGUGUAAGAGAAAGAACCGUUAGUGACACUCAUAGUCGUUCUUCUCUGCAAAGGCAAUUUAGUCAUGGCCAUAAUAGCCCCAAGUUUGAUGAUGGAGGUUCUUCUGGUACUCGUGUCUCACACUUUCUUCCUACUUCCCGAAGAAUUGUUCAGUUCUCCAAUGGCAAGGGGCCAGGACCUGAUGCACGCAUAAUUUACAUAGAUGGUGCUUUUGAUCUAUUCCAUGCUGGCCAUGUUGAGAUUCUCAGGCGUGCUCGAGAGCUUGGAGACUUCCUUCUUGUUGGAAUACAUAAUGACCAGACUGUCAGUGCUAAAAGAGGAACGCACCGUCCAAUCAUGAAUCUCCAUGAAAGGAGCUUAAGUGUUCUGGCAUGCCGCUAUGUAGAUGAGGUGAUCAUUGGUGCUCCAUGGGAAGUGUCUAGAGAUACGAUAACGACAUUUGACAUUUCGUUGGUUGUUCAUGGGACAGUAGCCGAGAGCGAUGAUUUUCAAAAGGAGGAAGAUAAUCCGUAUGCUGUACCAAUAAGCAUGGGCAUAUUCGAAAUUCUAGAAAGCCCUCUUGAUAUCACAACUUCCACUAUAAUCAGGAGGAUUGUAGCAAACCAUGAAGCAUAUCAGAAACGUAACGCGAAGAAGGAAGCUAGUGAGAAAAAGUACUACGAGCAGAAGUCAUUUGUGGUCGGGGACUGAUGGAAUGGCAAAGCUAUAUGCUUGGCUUUUCAAGUCCAUGUUCGGUUUCUUGCACAUCUUAUAUCUGUGUAAUGACUACAUAGUAGGAUAUUUUUUUUGGAUGAGACUCCAACGCUACAUAUUACGUUUUGUUCUCUAGUUUACACUUUACAUAAAGAAGGCACUGAUGGUUUUAGUACCAAUUGCUUCU